AUGCAGGCAGGUGCAGGUGCAGGUGCAGGUGCGGGCGCGGGCGCGGGCGCAGGUGCCAGGGGUGUCAGAGAGGAGGAAGGAGCUGCCUGGCUCGGGUCGAGCUGGAAUGGCCGAACGGCCGGAUGGCUGUUGAAGAGCAAGUCGGCGCACGUCGCAGACGCCGUGCCGCUGCUGAUCAACAUGACUCUCAACUUUGUCUGUGCUCUUGGGGUGGCGGGCUUUGUGCCUGUUGCGUCGGUUUGUCCCUCGCAGGAUCGACACGAGCCAUGGCUUCUAGAACGCCCAAACGGUUCGACGCCCAAAACCCAAAUGCGUCUUGAUGCUGGCGCCGACAUGACGAAGCUCGACCUCGGCCGCGGCCACAGCCGCGACCCUAACUUCCCAUGA